AAUGUCUGUUUGUAUUUUUUAUUGCAUCGUUCAAGACAGUCACACCAGCUAUAUGGAACAAGAAAAUCACACACAGUUUUCAGAAUUUAUUCUCCUCGGACUGUCAGAAGAGGCAGAGAUGCAGCCUCUCCUCUUUUGGCUUUUCCUCUUCAUGUACCUGAUUACUUUUGCUGGAAACCUGCUCAUCAUUCUCACCACCCUCUUUGACUCCCACCUCCACACGCCCAUGUACUUCUUCCUCUCCAACUUGUCUUUUUCAGACAUCUGUUUCACCUCCACCACCAUCCCAAAGAUGCUGCUGAACAUCCACAUCCAGAACAAAAGCAUCACCUACAAAGGCUGCCUCACCCAGAUGUAUUUUUUCAUCCUUUUUGCAGAACUGGACAUUUUCCUCCUCUCUGUGAUGGCCUAUGACCGGUUCGUAGCCAUCUGCCAUCCACUGCACUACACAGCCAUUAUGAACCCCCAUCUCUGUGGCUUGCUCUUGCUGGCAUCUUGGACAUUGAGUGUCCUGGACGCUUUGCUACGUGGUUUACUGGUGUUGCGGCUUUCCUUUUGUACUGACUUGGAGAUCCCCCAUUUCUUCUGUGAAAUCAAUCAGGUUAUCCAACUUGCCUGUUCUGACACUCUCCUCAAUGUCAUAGAGAUGUAUUUUGCCACUGGGCUGUUGGGCAUUAUCCCCCUUUCUGGCAUUAUUGUUUCUUAUUCUCAUAUUUUCUCCUCCAUACUGAGAAUUACAUCAACAAGCGGGAAGUAUAAGGCAUUUUCCACCUGCGGGUCUCAUCUUUCCAUUGUUUCCUUGUGUUAUGGCACAGGUCUUGGGGUGUACCUCAGUUCUGCCGCUACCCAAAAUUCCAGAGCCAGUGCAAUAGCCUCUGUGAUGUACACUGUGGUCACUCCAAUGCUGAAUCCAUUUAUUUACUCUCUAAGGAACAAGGACAUAAAGAGGGCUCUUAAAAGUCUUGUCAGCACUGUCACUUUCAAUGAGUGA